AUGGAGAAUUUUGAUCAAAGUACAGGUAAGAUGUAACGCUUUAAGCUUACAAGUAAAUUUUAGAGCUGGCGAAACUUCAUAGUAGUAGCUUAGCUAAGAAUUUUAAAUUAUGUCCUGUCAGAACUGCUUGGGUUAUUAAGGUGAUUCCCUAGUAAAAGAACAUAACAUAGAUUGUACAUGAAACUUGGUACACUGAUGUAACAAGUCAAGAAGAUGAUAAAAAGGUAAUAAAAAGUGGGGGUUACCGUGCUCUUUUUGACGUCACAAUGCUGACAUAUACGGCUAUUUUGGACCCUUUGACAAAAACCGCGCGCAGCCCAAAACUAGACAAAAAGGAAAGAUUUUUUCAAUGAUGCACGUGGUAUCACACAGAAUUUGACUUUAAUGUAUUGUUUAUCCACUUACAUACCAGAAAAAUGCCUUUUAAUGCCCUUGUUUUUACUUUAUGCUCCAAAGUAGAAUUAAAUUGGACACGCGCUAUUCGACACGUGAUAGCUGAAUCCGUACAAUUUAGUAAGAUUGCCAAAAAACUGAACAUAGAUUGGUGCCAAUUUUUUUCUCACCGAAAGGAAGCACUGUCCUUAUUAAAAUCAUGAAAUAAAAAAUGGAGGUCACCGUACUCGUUUUUGCAGUAGAGCUGCAGAAAGUGCGCACCAAAUGCAUUUUCCUUGAUUUUUGAGAGAGGACUGGGGCGAGUUUCAAAAUAGAAUGUAUGCGAAAGGGGGAAGAAAGUAUUAAAAAAAUCCGUUUUUACAGAAUUUACAUCGAGAUAUCACAUUUAGGACACGGUUUGAUAAAGAAAGCGUUUAAAUGAAAAUCAAAGUGAAUAAACACAAAUUAAACAUCCACUAUCGAGGUUCUCCGUGAGGAAAUCGAACUCAGCAACAUGCAUACUGCUUACCUUAUGCACAUUCCCACUACAUUGAGUCUCACCUCGGCAAGAAAAAAACGCAAACAAAAUUGCAAUAGCGUUUCUCUUCGGUCAACUUCAUUUUAAUAAUGUUACUUCACAUGCUCUUUUUUACGGAGGCCAUCUUGUUAUGCGCAGUAAGAGAUGCGCAGUGCAAAACCAGGGAAUCACCUUAAAGAGGGAUCAGCUAGGGACAGGUGGGUAGUCAAAAUGUUGUGUGUUGGUGUACUGUACUUUUUUUAAAGUCACAUGCCCAUUUUCUUAGCUAGUGCUGGCAGAAAUGGAAAGCUACAGAGCGAUUCAUUUUUUCUCCAUUUUUUUGUGGUCUUCAUCCUGUUACCCCUAACAGUGACCAGAAUAUAAAAUUUUUCCUCAUGAUAGCCUUCAUAAAGAGUCAAUUUCUAGAAUGGUCCCUUCCACGUUUUUUUCAACUUUUACAGUCAAACCUCUGUUGAGCAGCCUUCUAUUAAGCCGUCACUCUGUAUUAAGCGGUCACCUAUCAAUUUUCCGAAAUUUGCUUCCCGUAUAAUUUUUUUGUAAAAAUUGACCUUUAUUCAACGGCCACCUCUAUGAGGCAGAGACGUUCACUGUUUGGAUUUCCCAUAUAGCUAAUUUUAUUGUAAUUUACCUCUGUUACAUAAAAAUCACUAAAUGGCAUAUUUUUAAUCACAAAGAACUCUUGCUGGCACUGAGCAAAGUCAAUGACUUGCUUCACCAAAUUAGACAACCAUAACUGAAUUUCUUUCUUCAGGUUCAAUAAGAUUUUAAAAUUGCUGAUGAUGUGCUGGAUUGUAAAGACACACUCCCUUAUGAACGACUGUAAAAAUUUGUUGUUUAGGCAUGAACUCCUCAGAACAUCCAAUAAUUUUAAUGUAUAUCUGUCUCUGUUGUUGUAAAUAGAAUAAUCAGUUUUUGCCCUCAAGGUCAAUUUCUGCCACAUUAUGGGUUUAAUUUUAGUGGUCACCUUGCUAAUUCCUGAGGGUGACCGCUUAGGAGAGGUUUGACUGUAAUAUGGACCUGUUAGUGAGAUCUGUUGACACAUUUUACAAAAUACAAAUUACAGCAGAGAAGUCAACAAGUCUCUGCUUUAAUUUGUAUUUUGUUUCCAUUUUUCCAUUCAUUGAUAUUCUCUUAAUGCUCUCUUCUCCUUCUCCCCUCUUGUUCCCUUUCUUUGUUUGUUGCCAUUACUAUCACUACAGUGGAAACUCUAUGGGGACAACCUUGGGAUGUGAAAAAAGUUUCCAUUUCUGGAGCUGGCCAUUUACAAGAACGGUUCUCAGUAUGGGAGCUUGCCCGACUACCAAUAAGCAUAGAAAAUUCAAAAAACCUUUUAGUUAAUGUUUUUUUUUUCUUGUUGCUCUGACAAUGUUGUAAUUCAGUCACAAACAUAAAAUUCAAGUGGUGUUUUGAAGUGUAACUGGUGUGUAUACAAAGAAAAAAAAAACACCAAGGCUGACAUAAAUUCAUUGUGACGAACAGUGUUAUAAAGUUGCAUAAUAAGAUUCUAUUUGCUCAGGUGUCUGCUUACGGGAGCUUAAAACAAAGCCAAAAUCUAACUCAUAAACCCUGAAAGUGUCCACAGCUGCCUGGCACAGAGAUUAUCUGCUUAUGGGAAUGUAAAAAUACAGAGUUUUUAUUGGAGUUGAAACAUGGUUUUUUGAAGGCAGCCAUAAGUAGAACUGUUCACUUAAGAGAGUGUCCGUUUCCACUGUAUUUCUAUUAUUCCAGUGAACUUAUGUGCCCUGGCCCCCUUUCCCUAUGCAACUCCCUUGUCUCCUUUCAUCCUUCCCUAUGUGUCUUUUGUUUCUGUUAUUCUUUUUGCCUGUGCUUUUAUCUCUGUGUAUGCCUCUCUCAUUGUUCCCUUCCAUUAUCUUGUAGCCAUUAUUUUCAUUCAACAGCUUGUACCUAAAAACCCCUUUUUGCUCUUCUUACCUGGCUUUGUUGUUUCCAUUAAUAUACACCCAUUUCAAUUAAGGUUGCUUCAGAGAGGAAUGAUGCAUGAUCCAUGUUUCAUAGCCCACGCAGCAUUAGCAUUAUUGUAGCAUUAGUCUUAUAGCAUUAGUUUUUCUCUCUGGUAAUAUCCAAAUGUAGCAAAUUGUCAAAGAGUUUGCUUUGCUCGUGCACGUGGGAAUUUUGGAUGGAGUUUAAAAAAAUCAAGUUCAAGACGUUUGUUGAACUACAACAAAUAACUUAACAUUACGCGUUUAUCUAUUUUUGAGGCAAUUUUUUUUAAAACUGGUUAAUAAAGGAAUAGCGUUGAUUUGCUUUAUUGAAAUAACCAGCAUUCUGGCCCAUCCAAAAACUUAGCUUAAUCAGGUGGUAAAACCUUAUUCAUUUAAUGCUGUUAAAAGAAGAGGCUUCUAAUAAUAUUAUUAAUUUUCUUAAAAAUGAAAUUCUUAAGCUCGCUCAUGCUUAAGAAUUUUAGCAGCCAUUUGACUUGGAAGCUCUCUUGAAUGCCUUUUCACAAAAUUUUUGGUAGCUAGAAUAAUUUAUUUGUAGUCUCCACAGAAAUAUGGGUGGUGUGCAACAAAGGCAGACUGAAGACUUGCAGACUGGCAGGUAAAUGAGGCACAUGUUGUUGUGAAAUACUCUAACAGGAAUCUGUUAAAGAAUUUCACAAUAAUGUGAACCUGGUUUACCUGCCAGUCUGCAAGUCUGCAGUCUGCAUUUGUUGCACACUGCAAUAUGGGUGGGUGUCAGUUUCAGAACAUGUAAAACUUAUGGGGGGUCAUUUCUAUAUAAAAAACUAGGAUGAAUUUGGAAUCUUUCUCAAAAUAGAUGUCUCGCCCUUGCAGGUAAUAAAUGACCAGCCCCCAGAGCAUACUCUUUGUAUUUAAAGGAGCUGUGUCACGAAAUUCAGCCAAAUUAAGAAAUUACAAAAUGCCUGUCAAAAUAAGAAAAACAUAUAAAUAACCGCUUAAAACUUUAAAGGAAGGUUCAAAUAACAUAACAGGAACAACAGAUGUCACGGAUGGACAAAACUGAAGACGACUGAAACAGAUUGAAAUUAGGAUUUUUGAAAACUGUUCAGCCUAACAGUUUUUCAAAGUUGAUCCCUGCUGCUUGCAACUUCAAAAAUAAUGCUCAGGAGGCAUAUUUGUUUGUGUCUGGUCUCUGAUUUUGUCAAUUACAUCUCAUUUCUUUGCUUAAUUUAAGUUCCAUAGCGAUUGAAGGCGAGUAAUUGGCAAAAUUAAACAAAAUGAACUGGAAUACCGUGACACAGCCUCUUUAACUCUUUUAAUUUACCCUAAGAUACAUAAUUUAAUUUAAAUUUACUCUAAAUUGCAUUUAGCUACAUUUUAAAUGUCCACUUAAAAGCUUAUAAACAUUUUUUUUGUCUCUGCACAAAGAAGAUUAUAUUCUAAGGAACUUUUGCUGUUUGUGUUAACAGAAUUUUUUAUUAUACAACAUGAAUAUUGUUAAAAUAUUACUAUUUUAUCUAAUUUUAGGUGCGACGUCCAAGGCCAACAUGGAAUAUCCUCAAAAAGGGUACAUCUAUGUCCAAAGGUACUUAUCUGUCAAUUAA